AUGGCUGGUAAGAACGUCUCACAUCUUAUAGCACGCGUGUUAAUUAAACUCUUUACCUCUAUAGCAGCAGCCAGCUCCUCUAGAGCAUCCCAGGCCCUGGUCACAAGAGGCCAUCACUCUCCUUACGUUUUCGAACAUUCUCCUGUCUUCGAUUUCGGCAAAUUGGAAGAGAAGAAUGAGCUGAAGCGCAUCGCACUGCGUGAACACAGACCACGCGUAGAUUGUGGAGAGUCGGAUACCAGUCGACGCAGACUGUCGUUUAUCUGGGAGCUCGAUAUCGAAAACAGCCGGUCCUGUCCACUGUACUCGGACUUCGGCGUGAAGAACUUCAUAGUUUGCAAGUUUGCUCGUUCUAUGAGUUCUAGUGAUGUCCAAGAUGUGUUGGAACGAGAAUUUCGAGUGCAAGUCAACGGUGAGUCCUACCGGUACCGCUUUUUUGGUCACAGCGCUAGUCAAUUGCGAGAAAAGGAAUGUGUGCUGUACAACACUAGUUUGGGUAAACGAGAAAAGAUUCAAGCUCAGUUUGGUGAUUUUCAAGCCAUUCGUCAGGCCCAUAAACGAGCUGCCAGGAUUGGGCUUCUGCUGUCGUCUGCCGAGUCAAAGGUCUGGUUGACAGACUCAGAAAUUGCACAAGUUGAUGAUGUCGAACGGAAUGGACACUGCUUCACUGAUGGGUGUGGAGGCAUGUCUGUCGAAACAGCCAAUGCUCUAACUGAGGCUCUCAAUAUUCGACAUCUGUAUGAUCACCAGAAAGUCAAAGUGCCAUCAGUAUUUCAAGUAAGAUUGAAAGGAUGCAAAGGUGUGCUUGCUCUCAGUCUUGAAAUUAAGAAUGGAAUACAAAUCAGACCAUCCAUGGUCAAGUUUAAGUGGCGGCAGGAGAAGACUUAUCCAUUGCGUGUGGUCGAGAAUGGAUAUUCAAAGCCAAAUGAUAUUGGCAAAAUUAACAAACAGUUUAUACAAUUGCUGUCAAGCCUGGGUGUUCCUGAUAACGUGUUCGAGAGAAAGCAGUUCGAACAUAUGAGAAAUGUUGAACAGCUGUUGAUCAAUCAAGAUGUAGCAAUGCUAUACCUGUCAGCCUUUGGUCAGUCAGGCCUUGCUGAAAAGAUGUUGACAUGUGGAAUCACUAAAGAAGUCCAGCAGUACUUGAAGAAAAUGAAGCGAGAAAUCAAACAAGGCAAGACAGUGGCUACACCUGACCAGAAGCCACGUUCAAAAGCUGAAAAACUUCAAAUUCCAAUUGAACAGUCCAGGCUUGUGUUUGGUAUUUGUGACAAUACUGGUAGUUUACAGUAUGAUCAGUGCUUCUUCCAGCCUACUAUAAGAGGACAUCCACAAGUGAUGGUUGAAACAAAGGUCAUAGUGGGUCGAAGUCCGAGUCACCAUCCAGGAGACUUGCGUGUCUUGUCUUGUGUGGAUGUGCCAAACUGUCGUCACCUUGUGGACUGCAUUGUGUUUCCUAUCAAUGGUGAAAGACCACAUGCUGAUGAAAUGUCAGGUGGAGAUCUUGAUGGUGACAAGUUCUUUGUCUGCUGGGACAAAGAACUCAUCCCUUCUAAAACUGUGCCACCAUGUAGCUACACAUUUCUACAGAAGUCACAUCGAGGGUCAAUACGUGGCUAUGAUCCUAUGGUUACAUUAUUUGCUCAAUACAAUCAGGGAAGUUUAGGGCAUGUAGAUCGACUCUUCAAUGAAUGGGCAAAUGCGAAAGGAGCUAGCAGUGCCGAGUGCAAGUGUCUGUCUGAGCUGUCUUCAAAAGCUGUUGAUGCUGCCAAGACAGGCAGUAAAGUCGAUAUUCCCCGCACUCUUCGCAAUCCACCUACAGUGUCAGUCAGCAAGUUUAUUUGGCAGAAAAUGGAAGACAAAGCUAAGCUUUUUGUAGAAGAUCAACUAAUAAAUGACCUAGGAUGUACAGAGUUAAAUCAUGUAUCUAAGAAAUCGAUGAUGGAAAUUAUAAGCAACCUAACUGGUACGAUGUCAGAUUACUGGCUAUUUCGUCUGGCUUGGAAAUGGUGGACUACAACAUCAGCUACAGAAGAUGACUUUGUUUAUCUUACUACUUCUAUUGACUUUUCAAACAUGACUCUUCAGCAGCGACAACUUGUGAUGGUGGAUGUGACUUCAGUAGGAGCUUCGACUCCUCUUAUUCCUCAAUCAGUUGUAUUUAAUGCUCUGUAUCGCUCAGCAGUGUUCAGUACAGAAGACUUAGUGCAUUUUGGUCUAGACAAGCAUGGCAGUGGCUGGAGACGUUUGAGGUCUUUGUCUGCUCAUGCUUUAACUCCACGAGUGAUGGCUUCCAUACUGCAGUUUCCACAACCCAAAUUGCUGAUCUUGGAAUUUAUUUUGGCUGGCCUUCCUUGGGGACUAGGGCUGUUUUUCUCGGGUUCGUUUUCGUUUGACACACAAGAGACAGUUUUGGAGUUGAAGAACAGUGAAGAAUGUCACAUAGUUGCCUUGUUAUCAAUACACACUGAUGAUCCAAUUAGAGAAGUACGACCAAUCCCUUCUUCAUAUUGUCUCUUGUGGGAAAAUGGCAUAUUUCAGCUCUAUGAAAAAACAAAGCAUAAUACCUUUGUAUUCAUGGAUGUUGGACAAGAGCAACCUUUAGCAAGUGUGGCGUUACAAAGAUUUAAAAGUAGUCUAAAAGACAGAGCACUAGCCAAGCUACGACAAGAGUUUUCUGCCCAAAUUGAGGUGUAUGUGUGGACACAAACAAGAGAUCAGUUACCGAGUCUAUUGUGCCAGGUUGAAGAUGAGAACAAAGAAACAGUGGAACUGGACACAGUUACCAACACAGUCGAUACCAUUGCACAAGAGUUUACCAUUCUAGAAGAUGAGUUUCCAAAGUUAGGAGAAGAAGAAGCAUACAUCAAACAAAAGGAGAGUGACAUGGAUAAAGAAAUACAACAAGCAAAUCAACUUCUUUCAGCAGGACAACUAACAGUUCAGCAACUUACAAAAUUGGUAUCAAUGAUAAAUAUGAAUACCAUUACCAAGGAUGAUGGAACUGUUUUGGCUUGCCAUGUUGAACAUUUCUUGUGUAAGGGGGAAUUGUCAUUGACUUCAUCUCAAGAAUAUUUGACUGUUCUUCUCAGUCUUUUGCAUUGCAGUGGUUUGAAUGGAUAUCAUCAAAAUGAACCACUCUUUCGUAUAGACAAGUGGGCUAAUGGAAGUCGCACACAUCGUUUAUUGCUGGGAAUGCAGCAAAGUAAUGUGACAUUUACAUUGAAUGAAUUGCAUUACUUGCUUGAAUACAUUCUCUAUGCAUGUAACAUCACUGUUGCUUAUUAUGUUUUGAACUUGCUUCAUGGUGGAGACAUCCCACUGUUUUGUGAGUCAAGCUCUCCUGUUUCACUCAAUUACUAUACAAAAUGGGUUGCUCUUCUGACAAUAGAAAUGGUUGAAGAAAUAGCAAACUCGAGAGCACAAAGCAAGUCUGCACGUGUGACACUAUUUGAUGAUUCAGAUGGUAGAUAUGUUGUUCACAUUCAAACACCCAAAUUUGUUGUUAAUAAUGGAGACGCACUGCUAUUGACGCCCUUGUCUGGCUUUGCUACCGAGUACUAUGUGAUGCAAGUAACUGAACCAGGUGAUCGUAUGGUCACUGUGAAACAGCUAUGGCCAUCACAUAAUGAGGCAACCACUUCAGCCGCUGGAGAAUGGACAGCUUGCUGUCAAGCUGGUACAAUUACUUACAAUAGAGAGCUUGAAGCUCUCGGUGCAGUCUUUUCCUAUAAUCUCGAGACAAGAAUUCCUUCUCCGGUGUUUUCUUCAGUUUUAUAUCCAACUUUACCAUUUGUGGAGGCUGGAACAGAAGACAAGAGUCCUAGCAUACCAGUAAAUGAAGCCGCAAUAGAACAACCAUCCGCUACACAUUUACCAGAUAUCACCAAGAUGAAAAUUGAAGAACCUGAUUGUGCAAGUACAGUUCAAAUGCAAAAGUUCAAGUUUGACAUCUUCACAUCCAAGAAUCCAGUACUUGUCACUCUUAUUCAAGGUCCUCCUGGAACGGGUAAAACGCAAACUUCGGCACGUAUUGUGUCUCACUGGUACAGUAAUAGCAAAGAACCAAUUCUGCUUACUGCUGAGACAAACGAAGGUGUAGAUAACCUUAUAGAAAAGGUUCUGCAAUUGGGCACCAUAGACAAGGAACAUAUACUGCGACUCGGUAGAGAUGAGAAGAUCAAAGACAGAUCAUACGAAUAUUCAUUUGAAAGUAAGUAUGAGAAGAGGUGUACACAAAAGAAAGGAUUUGACACAGAUUUGGCGAAAAAGAUUAUCAACGGUGCAUGUGUUGUAUGCACCACGUGCAUUGGAGCUGGAGUGUCUCUCCUCAAAGACAGAAGGUUUACACGAGUGUUGAUAGAUGAAGCUUGUCAAGCUACAGAACCUGCAGCUCUUGUCCCAAUGAUGUAUGGUUGUACAGAGCUGGUGCUAGUUGGUGACGACAAGCAGUUACCACCACUUGUGAAAAGUGAGAGGGCCGGAGAUCUUGGAGUAAGUCUGUUUAAGCGGCUGUCCAAUUCGGGAGUUCCUGUGUAUUUGCUGGACACUCAGUACCGGAUGCAUCCCGAUAUUGCCAAAUAUCCCUCACAGCAUUUCUAUGCAGGGCAAUUAAAAAAUGGUGUCACUGAGAGUGAACGGCAAAUUCCUAGAGGUUUUGUUUGGCCUCGUCGUGGGAGCCCUCUGGCAUUUGUUCACAUCAAAGGCAACGAGAUGUCCAUUGGAUCUUCCAAGACAAAUGAAGAAGAAGCAGCAGAAGUGUGCAAAAUAGUUCAAUCUCUCCUCGAAGCUGAUGAUGUCCAACCAGCUGAAAUCGGAAUCAUCACACCGUAUAAAGCUCAAGAAACUUGUAUUAAUAAUGGAUUGUCUCGUAUUGCCCAGUGCUCUAGUGUGUUUGUCAAGACAGUGGAUGGUUUUCAAGGUCAAGAAAGGGAUGUCAUAAUCUUUUCAGCUGUUCGUUCAAACGAUCAUGGAAACAUCGGCUUUCUAGAAGACAAGUCAAGGUUUAAUGUUGCACUAACUAGAGCUCGACGAGGUCUCAUUGUCAUAGGCAACAGCGAGACUCUAUCAAACCACAGACAAGACGACAGCAAUGAGUGGGAAAAAUGGAUUAAUUGGAUGAAAGAGAAAGGAUUCUGGACCAACAAAACAUACACACAAAUGACAAGCCAAAGUGGUCACUUCUCAACUCAGCACUCUGGAAGACCAUACAGAAACGAAUUCAGAAGAGGACAUCCAGUGUCUAGUGAGCAGAGUAGAUCUCGAGAAGGACGCUCAGGUAGCUCAAGCUCAUACAGAGGAUCUAGAGGACGCAGUGGCAGGAGGUCGUGGGGAAGUGGAAAGUAACACUGACUAAAAUGACAUACUUUGUAUGAGAUAGCUAUAGCUGUGAUUGCUGUUUGUACCAACCAUGUGUCAUUCAUCAAAUCAAAUCAAAUCAUAGUUUCUGCUGGCAUUUUAGUGCAUUUAUCAGUUAGUGUACAAUCUAAUUAUGUAUGCUACAAUGGCUGCCUGCUAUUUUGAUGCUAUAUGUACAACAAAUUAUUAUUAUUAAUCAAAUCUUGAGA